GAUGACUCGCCAUCCGUUUCCAAGGCAACCAGGAGCCCCCUGGCCACGGCGCGCAGCCUGCGCCGCUCUCCGGGGCCAGACGUGCGAUGGCUGCAGCGAGCCCCAGCGUUUUUCUGCUCAUGGUCAACGGGCAGGUGGAGAGCGCCCAGUUUCCAGAGUUCGACGACCUCUACUGCAAGUACUGCUUUGUGUAUGGCCAGGACUGGGCCCCAACAGCGGGUCUGGAGGAAGGGAUCUCCCAGAUAGCAUCCAAGAGCCAAGAUGUACGGCAAGCACUGGUGUGGAACUUCCCCAUCGACGUCACCUUUAAGAGUACCAACCCCUAUGGCUGGCCACAGAUUGUGCUCAGCGUGUAUGGCCCUGACGUGUUUGGGAAUGAUGUGGUCCGAGGCUAUGGAGCUGUGCACGUGCCCUUCUCUCCUGGACGGCACAAAAGGACCAUCCCCAUGUUUGUGCCGGAGUCUACGUCUGCACUGCAGAAGUUUACAAGCUGGUUCAUGGGACGGCGGCCUGAGUACACGGACCCCAAAGUGGUGGCCCAGGGUGAAGGCCGGGAAGUGACCCGUGUGCGCUCUCAGGGAUUUGUCACCCUUCUCUUCAAUGUGGUGACCAAGGAUAUGAAGAAACUGGGCUAUGACACUGGGCCUAUGGAUACACAAGGAGCCCUGGGUCCCAGUCUGCCCCAGGGCAACCUACAAUGAAAGUAUCCGGCCUUCUGCCCACCACUGUGCCCCACGGCCCACACACAACCAAGGACAGUAUCAACCUCGGGUGUAACCUGGCUGGGAGGUAGGGAAGCUAAAGUUGUAUAUAAUAAAGCACCAUAUCCCACCCCUCCCCCGA